AUGGAACGUUCACGUCGAUCAUACUUUAUAAAAAGCUGCGAACGGGCGCGACAUGCGUCUGCUGUUCAUCUCGGCGGAGACUGGGAGGGGAGCCUGGAUUGGGGCGGAGAGCGAAGAUGCAAAGUCCGGGCGCGGGGCCCCCCGAGGGUUGAAAAGACGGCGAGGACGAGGGCGACUCCGAGCGACUUUCAGCCCCCGCGUCACGUCUUCCCCCAUCGCUUUGUGUCCCGCCUCUCCGCUCUCCGCCAUCUCAGCGACAUUUCCGCGUCCCCUUUGUUGCGCCCCUUAUCGCCCUUGUCUCCUCUCUGCCGUCCCCUCCCCCCGCGCUCCGAGGCGCUUCUAUUCAUUCCUCUAUCGGGUAUAGACGCCUGCGACACGUGUUCGCCACCAGCGUGAUUAGUCCGACCCUCCCCCUUGCCCGUGUCCCCUUCGUCUGCACCACCCUCGCCCCUCCUCUCUCGCCCCCCCCCC